GCGCGCUUUGAACCUCAGGGGCAGCGGGCUCCGCCCGCUCCUUGCCCAAGGCAAAAGGUUGUGGACACCCCUCUGACGCCAGACCCCAGGCUGACCAGCUCACGGUCAUCGCGAUUGUGCACCUGACGCCAAAUGUGGUGCCUGGAACGACUAGGCUUGAAUCCCGAGCGCCUCCUGCGGAGCGGAGAUGGGUUUUUCUCGGGCCGGGCUCGCCCGGACAGGAUUCGCACGCCCGCGUGCGUGAACGUGCUCACCCCAGACCGCAUCCCGGAGUUCUGCAUCCCUCCGAGACUCGAACGCAGCCUGGCUUUGGCCACGCUCCGGAAUUCUUGGAGUGAGGAGACGGGGACCGACGAGAGCGCCGGCCGCACAGACUGGGACCCGCGCUCACAGGCUGCUCUCUCGCUGCCUCACCUGCGCCGCACGCGCACCGUCUAUGGUUUCUGCGCGCUGCUCGAGAGCCCGCACACCCGCCGCAAGGAGUCGCUCUUCCUCGGUAGCCAGGACGCUGUCGCGCUCCGCCCCCGGGCUCACACCUACGGCGGCGGCAGUCCAGGAGGUGGAGGAGGCACCUCCAUCGUGACCCCGCACUGCUCGCGAGUCUCAAGCGCAGCGCUCACCGCCGACCUCGCGGUCCCAGGCGGCCACCACCCGCCUCAGGAUGCUCUCGCCCCGCGGCUCCGCGACCGCCGCUUCCUACAUGCCCCGGCUGGGCUGCUGAGCCGAGCGCUGCGCAUCCCAAGGAACCCCGGCCCAGCCCGCGCCCACUCCGUUUCCAACCAGAACAAGAACGUGGAGCGAGGCGCUAACUCCAGUUUUCCAGCCCCUGAGUCCCUAUCGCCACUCCCAGGCUCGCAGCCCCAGUGCCUGGAAGCUGAGGGCACCGUGGCUCUGGGACGCGCUGGUUGCUCCCUGCGUCUGGCCGCCGAGUACUGUCCAGGUAGCGGGCACCUCCGCAUCCGACUGCUUCCAGCAGAGGGCCAGGCCGGGGGCAUCCUCGAGCCCCGCACCAUUGGCUGCCGCAUCAGCCUGGUCCUGCAUUCUCCGGACUCCACGCGCAAGCGCAGGGCCGUGCUUGGCCAGAGUCGCAAGGCCGGCCUGGACCAGGACUUCUGCUUUGAUGGCCUCACGGAGGAGCAGGUGCGCCGCCUGGCCGUGCGCAUCAAGGCUGAGAACAAAGGCCGCGGGCUGGAGCGGGGCCGCAGGCUGGGCCAGGGCGAGCUGCUGCUGGGCUCCUUGCUGCUCCUCUGAGGACUCUGAGCCCAAAGAGAAUUCUCAGACUCUGCACAAAAUAAACAUAUUGGUUCUUUGACCCAGGUCGUUGUUUCAGUCAAGCAGUGUCAGAGGUCGUCCUGGAUUAACCAUCAGAAGUAAAGGAUGUAAUAUUUUGCACAGACGUCUUUCGGAAGCAUCAUCCAGCCAAUGCAGCUGUGCUUCCCAAGGUGUGUU